CUCCUGCAGCCGGAGGAGCGGCAGCGGCGGCCGCGGAGGGGGGCAAAUGGCGGCCGCUGUGCUAGCGGCGCCGGAGGGUGGCUCUGCUGUGAUGCCGGCGGGGAAUGCAGCGGCUUGUCCUCCACCACCUGGUCCAUCAGGUCCGGGUUCGUGGAGCCGUUCCUUGGACCGAGCCUUAGAAGAAGCGGCGGCCAGCGGUACCCUCAGUUUGAGCGGCAGGAAGCUUCGCGACUACCCGCGGGCCAGCGCCGCCAACCACGACCUCAGCGACACCACCCAAGCCGAUUUGUCACGGAACAGAUUGUCAGAGCUUCCAGCAGAAGCCUGUCACUUCGUCUCCCUUGAGAGUCUUAAUUUGUACCAGAACUGCAUUCGAUACAUCCCAGAAGCAGUUUUGAACUUGCAGUCUUUAACAUUUCUAAAUAUCAGCCGAAACCAGCUUUCAACAUUGCCAGUACACCUCUGUAGUCUACCACUGAAAGUUUUGAUAGCAAGUAAUAAUAAGUUGGUUUCAAUACCUGAAGAAAUUGGACAGCUCAGACAGCUGACAGAGUUGGAUGUGAGCUGUAACGAAAUACAGACAAUACCUCCACAGAUUGGCAAUUUGGAAUCCUUGCGAGACCUAAAUGUCAGAAGAAAUAAUUUGGUGCGUUUACCUGAAGAGCUUGCUGAGUUGCCUUUGAUUCGAUUAGAUUUCUCCUGCAAUAAAAUAACAACGAUACCAGUUUGUUAUAGGAACCUCAGACAUCUGCAGACCAUCAUGUUAGAGAACAACCCUCUCCAGUCACCCCCUGCACAGAUAUGUAUAAAAGGAAAAAUUCAUAUAUUUAAAUACCUGAACAUAGAAGCGUGCAAGAUAGCUCCAGACUUGCCUGAUUAUGACAGGAGACCCAUGGGAUUUGGAUCUUGCCAUGAGGAGCUCUAUUCUGCUCGUCCCUAUGGAGCACUUGAUUCUGGCUUCAAUAGCGUGGACAGUGGAGACAAAAGGUGGUCAGGGAAUGAACCAACAGAUGAGUUCUCAGAUCUUCCUUUACGUGUGGCAGAGAUCACUAAAGAACAGAGACUGCGAAGAGAAAGCCAGUAUCAGGAAAACCGAGGGAGCUCAGUCGUGACUAAUGGGGGAGUGGAACAUGAUCUCGAUCAGAUCGACUAUAUUGAUAGCUGUGCCACAGAAGAGGAGGAGGAAGAGGUGAGGCAAGCCAAGUGCAUGGACUCAGACAGCCUCAGCUCACAGUUCAUGGCAUAUAUUGACCAGCGGCGAAUCUCUAAUGAGAACUCACCAGUAAAGCCUGUGUGCAACAGAGAAUCUCAGAGAACAGAGGAUACAAGACGAUAUCUACAGCAAAACAGGGACACUGAGGAAUUACGAAGACCUGAAACUCUAAAUUUGAUGCAGGACAGAGAGCAUCACCAAGUACUAAGGAGUUAUGUGGACAGGACAGAGAGACCCCUGGCUGAUUCACCUUACUUUCUCUCUCUAUCAAGUCACCACAGUCAGGUGCCUAACACAGAUCCCGAGCUGCACCGCAGGCACAUCGAGCGUACCCGUCGGGAGGCCCAGCUAGCAGCACUUCAGUAUGAAGAGGAGAGGUUGAGGACAAAACAGAUCCAGAGAGAAGCUGUCCUUGACUUUGUUAAGCAAAAAGCAUCCUUAAGUCCUCAGAAGCAAAGUCCUCUGGAUAGUGAGUGUCCCUUUCCAUCCAGAAGGUCUCAGCAUACUGAUGAUAGUGCCUUGUUAGUGAAUGGGUUUGAGCCUCUCUUUGUGUUUGAGAUUGACAGUAACACCAAUACCAUUAAGAGAAGGCCAGGGACUCGCAAACAGUCACUCUCAGGGUUGAAUCAAGAAAGCUCUGCUACUACCCUGCCUAAUGCCUCUACCUUCAGUCCUGUCAAGAGUGAUGACAGAUCUACCAUCUCCCCUGGCUCACCUACCACUCAGACAGUCCACCUUUCCCCUCCAUAUCCUGGCCAUGCAGCCCCGCCUUCCUAUAGAAACCCUUCCCAGCGACCUGAGAGUUUCCUUUUCCGAGCAGCAGCUGUCAGGGAUGAAGCAAAGAAAGCUGUUACUUCAUCUUCUACCCGUGCCUUGUCUCCUGCUAAUGAUUCUGCAGACCCCAGAGUAAGACAGAACUCCAAACAGCGAGAGGAGGAGCUGGAACUAAUAGAGCAGCUACGUAAGAACAUCGAGUCACGGUUGAAAGUGUCACUGCCCAGUGAUCUUGGAGCAGCUCUCACCGACGGUGUUGUUCUGUGCCAUCUAGCUAACCACGUGCGUCCCCGGUCUGUUCCCAGCAUUCAUGUCCCCUCACCUGCUGUUCCUAAACUUACAAUGGCAAAGUGCAGACGAAAUGUGGAGAAUUUCUUGGAAGCUUGCAGAAGGAUUGGAGUGCCUCAGGAGCAAUUAUGUUUGCCUCUACAUAUUUUAGAAGAGAAGGGUUUGACACAGGUAGCUGUGACUGUCCAGGCGCUCCUGGAGCUGGCACCCCCAAAGCAGCAGCAACUUCACCACUUGUCUGCUGUGUAAAGACCUCCAAGACCUUUUGGUUUACCUUGGCUAAGCAGAAGGACGUGAAGACUUUACUGCCCAUGCAGUGCAUCCAAACACACAGAGCUCUGUUCUAAGGAAAGGAGUUCCCGUGAUUCCUGACAGGAAUGUUUUACUUCAUUUCUCCAUUUUUUUGGAGAUCACAACAAUUUCCAGUAACAUUUUUUAUUAUCAAUAUUUUUGCCCCUUAUUUAAAAGAAAAGAAAAACAGAGUUAAUUGGGAAGAGGGCAGGAAAUUCCAGUGGCUGUUGGAGCCAGCUCUAGAAACUGACCAGGCUUGAAGAUGUGGGUGUAGAGUUUGGAAAGCAAUUCCUGGAGGAAUUAAUUUGUAUUUUGAAAGAAAGGGGGGGAAAAAAAAAAGGAUGUUGCUGCAGUGGGCACAUGGGGAAUGAAAUUUCUUUCCUUCCCAGCAGGGCUCAAAGAAAGGGAAUUUCUUUGCCUGCAAAUAACAGCUAUUUCUAUUACGCAUUCAUUACACAGUCGUCACCUGCAGAGUUUGAUAACAGGGUUGAGCUUUGUGCAGCUGGUAACUUCUCUUGGCAUGUCCUCAGUGCUGAAAAUUUGAAAGGGGGGAAAAAAAUGACUUUUUUUUUCUUUUUUUUCUCCCCAAGGGAAAAAAUGCUGCAUCCUUUUUUUCCACCAAAACAAAAAAAAUCUUAGUUGAAGAUACUAAACCAGAACUGUUUGAAUGGUAUUAAUCUCCUUAGCAUUCUUGCUAGGUUCACUUUCUGUUUGGAUUUUGACCUGGCUUUAUGUGAAGAUUUUUCCAACAGGAGUAGAGGGAGGUCUCCUGCAUCCUCCUGGCCACCUCCCCACCUGGUCAUGUUGGGAUGUGGUUACUGAGCUCUGCCAAAUGAUGACCUGAUGUCAAGAACCGCGUGUGUGUUUUUAGUGCAGUGUGAAGGAUUGCAGCCUGCUCGUGCUAAUCAUUAGAAACUUGUUAUCAAAUAAUAUGUUUCUUAGGGGCUGGGGCAUCCCACACAGACCUGCCAGCACUGAGCAUCCCAGGCACUGAGAACUUCAUCGUUUCAAGAGCACAGUUACUGAAUUCCCAAAGCAGCCACCUGAUGCAAAACCCAGCUUCCCUGUGUUGUUUAACAAGGCUGGGAUAAAUGAAGCUUUUUAUCACUGGUGAUACAGAACUCCCAGUGCCUGCCUUCCUCUUUGCUUAACGUAAAAAUGGAAGCUCAAUGUGCAGGAAUGGGAGAGGCAGCCAACAAGAUCUGCACUUUGCUGGAAAGGUGACCUGGAAAUCAAAGGCUUGCUCUGUGUGCUCUGGUGUGGUGAUGAGGCCAAGGUUGCUACCUGAUCAAUUACAGUGGUUACUUUUUUGUUUUGGUUUUGCUUUUGUUUCCCUAACCCCCCUAAAAAAAGACCUUGGAACACCCAGUUCUUCACCCUUGCACUUCCUUUGUCAGGCUUUUGGCCAAUUGAAAGCAUCCCAGAAUGUUAAUGCUACUAAUACAUGGUGCACAGGGUCUGAGACCAGCUGUGGGCAUCAGAGGUACUCCACCUGGGGAUGUAUUUGAAGCAGAAUGCUGCAAGAGGGGACAAAGGAAGAAGGAGCAGGCUAAGCUGAAAGUCCUUUCUGCAGAAGUAAACCUGCCAUGGGAACACUGGCAGGGGCUGGGCUUAGCAGGACUUUUCCCCUUUUGAUUUCCAGUUUUGUUUUGCUUCAUGUAUUUCUUUCAAGGUCCGUUGUGGUGACUGUUGAAUGCCUUAUCUCACAUAAUGAUUCCAGUUGCUUCCUACUGGCUUUGGCUGGUCACGUUGUAAGUGGAGACGAACACCUGGAGGGCAUUUAAAACUGCACAGCUGAGAAAGAAACCAUUUUACACAGGGUGAGUGCAUGGCCCUGAGCUCUGCAAGGAAUUAAAACUCCAAUAACUUGCAGUACACACAGGAAGAGAGCAGCUCCACACAGAUGUACUUCCCUCCUGAAGGAGGUCUGGAGUUCCACUCCAUUUUGCUUGCAGGGAGUGCUGGUGACUCUGAAAGGAUCAGUGUCUGAAGGCUGUGCUGUGCUUGGCUGAGUGGAGGAUUCUGCCACUCGUAGCCAGCAGUGCAGACCAUGAGGGUUUGUUGUGUGUUUGUCUCCACACAUAAUUUGCAAGAGAGGGGCACUGACUUUAUGGUAUUGCCCAAAGGAAGCCCCCUGGGGCAUGCUUUUUAACUGCACACCCUGCAGUGACUCUUUUAACGUUCUCAUUUUAAGAAAACCAUUCCCGUCAUGGAAUUUGGGGGUGGGGGGGUAGGGGUGGGGGAUGUGCAGGGCCAGUCCAGCUUCCAGCACUUGGGGAAAACAAACCUUAGCAGUAUUCAGGUUGAUGGAAGUUUGACAUUUCAUUAGUACUGGUUUUUAGGGGUUAACAGGGUGGGGAGUUGAGCCAGAACUGCAAGAAAUGGCUGCUUCCUGUGGUGCUUGGUCCACACAGCUGCUGCUGUGAGGAGCAGUGGGUGCAUGGCUGGGCAGGUGGCUUGUCCCCAGUGUCACUUUGUUCUAACAGCAGCUUGCUCUGGCAGUUUCUGUGGCUGUGUUAGUCUGACAUUUGUAAUCCUGUUGUUUUCAUGCUGGCAAACCUUAAUUCAGUUGUUUAGGACAGAAUUCAAAACCUGAAGUUUCAUCCUAUGGUUUAUUGAAUGUAUGACAGCAGCAACUUCAGUUCUGAUUUGCAAAGUGGGUUGGGAUUUUUGGGGGUGUAUUUAUGUGCAAUUCUUGUUGUAUCCCAUGAAAAGAAUAUCUUAAAGAAAGCUUGUAUAAAAUUCUAUUUUAUGUGUUCAAGAGGCAAUUGUCUUUCCUCUUCUGGGGCAUUUGUGUUGGAGGCUGUGGGAGGAAUCCAUCUGAGCGUUUGGUGCUUGCUGGUGUUUAUACAACAACUCCAUUUUCUUCCAACCACACUGAGCAGGGUUUGAGGCUCGGUGAGGUUACACACUCCAGGUUGAGCACUCAGCAAUCCCUGGUGACGUUGUGGUGGUUGGGUCAAAGCAGCUGAGGUUUGAGUCUUCCCCUUCUGAAGGAGGAGGCUUUCCUAAAGGUCCUGCUUUAAAAAUAAAUCAGAGACAGCUUUUUAACAGCGCCAAGAACACCUCUGUUGCACGAUGGCAAGUGAUAUUUUUACCCUUUUAUGACUAUAAAUGGUUCUUUGGAAGAAAUGUUUUAGAAACAGAGGACUUCUAAGGUGAAUUUGGACAUCUAACAAAAAAAAAAACCCCAACAAUUCCUUUUGUGUAGCUAUUGUGAUGUUUUACAAAGCAGUCUCAUGUUGUCACUUCUGAAAGCAGUGCAAACCUGUCAUUAAUAGAGUAAAGGGUUUUAAGAGCUUCAUCCCGUGCUGUACCUGUAAAUACAUUCCAUGGUGGCUGAGUCUGUUACACAGAUCUGUGUCUGGAUAUUGUAGACUUUAUUUUCAAUUGCCUGCAUUCUGCCAGUAGUGUGAACCUCUAGCACGUUGAUAACAGAAAAGGAGACCAGGGGUAAUUUGAAAUAAAGUUUGAAGCCUUACAUGAA